AUGAUUGACUCGUGGUCGGAGUUCUACCCUAUAGCUUUCACAGCAAUAAUUGAUGGGCAGCUAUCCAGUAUCAGGAGUAACAAAAUUUGUUUAUAUUGUCUCUGUUAUUCUACCCAGCACGUGUUAGUAUACGGCUAUACCGUUUUUGGAACACCUACAAAAGGCUUUGAGUACCGCUUCGUUGUAAAAGGAUAUCUCUACUGCCUUUAUCAACGGCCCUUAAUUAGCGAUAUACUACCGCCAAUUAUAAGCCCCUUAAUCCUUGCUAUCGACGGCGGGGGUAUAAGAGGGGACGUUGUUGAUCUUGCUAUUGGUAUAAGUUCAGGUGGUCUGAUAGUCCUUAGACUAUUUCUUAUACGCUGGGAUAUUUCGUAUUACGCUAAGAUUUUUGACCAAUUGGCAAUCUAA